AGACCGAUCCACAUACAGCCCGGCUGCUGCGAUGCCUGCUCGGGCCUCUCUCGUCGAAUCGACGGCCUCCGGGCUGCUGUUUUGAAUCUCUUCUAAUUGCCGGGAGGCGAAAAGCGUGUUUGAAAGGCUCUGUGCGAUCGAUAUGCGCUCGGCUAGGCCCCUCUCCGUUUGCCCCGUGGGCAGCGUUCAGUUUGUGUUCACAGUGAUUCUUAUUAUGGUGCUUGCGCGCUAUUGUUCUGACCCUUUGUUGCUCAUUUAUGAUUCACUCUUUUCUCCUACUUCUGUUCAGACAAUAGACAUUCACCAUGGGCAAAUAGGCAUUUCUGCAUUUCAAUCUCUUUUCUCAUUUCCUUUGUGGCUUUUCCUUUCCUUCCUUUUCCUUUGCAAUUUUCUCAUCUUCUCACCAUCAUUGUCCUCUUCUAUUUUACACUUCCUUCUUUUUAUAUCUCCAACGGCCGGCCGUGACAAAUAACCAAUAUCGGCACCUAAUACCACUUUCGAGCAACUUUAUUCGUUGAUUUCAAUCCCAAGCGGUCUAUCCGCUUUUUUUCUUCUUCUUUACAUUCAUUGCCCUGAGAAUGGCCUUUUCUCGCACAGGCGGCGAUCUGUCGCAAUUUCCCGACGUUCCAAACA